CAUCGCAAACCUCUCCAAUGGCGCCCAUAUGACCAGAAAGUAAUUAAUGUUACUACGAUAGCAAGCUGGGCACGAUGGCCGACUUCCAUGGCUCUUCGAACCCCUUCCGACGCAGGACGCCCGCCAUCCAAACGAACAUAGAGAAUGGAACAAAGGCGGAGGAAAGCACAGGUACUAGGCAGCUACCCAUCGAUCAACCGAUGCGGCAUGGAGAUGCGCCAAUAAAAAAUAACGACAAACCGAUGAAGCAUGUUAGGGUGCAGUCGCCGCCGCCGAGUAGCCCGGAGGACACCAUCCAGGAUAAACCUCAUACGCCACUACCACAGGGAGACGAAGGUCAUGCGCUUGGCAACGAUCCAUUUGAGUCCGUUCUGUCCGAUGAGUCGUCAGAUGACAAUGACGAUGAGAUACCACCGAUAAUAGGUGCCGGCAAUAAUGGAAGGGUGCCUAUAGCACCGAUAAGUGUUGCUGGCAAUGAUGAAAGAACGCCUAUACCACCAAUAAGUGCUGCCGGCAAUGACGGGAGAACGCCUAUACCACCGACAAGUGGUGCCGGAAACGAUGGGAGAGCUCCUAUGAACCCGUUCAGCAAGACAUUAGCUACGUUAGAACGGACGGAGGGCAAAGAGUCGACCAGCGAAACUCCACCGGUGGUGUCGGGAAAGGCAGCUAUGGACGUGGAAUCUUUUAAGCGUCUACUCAUGACUGGAAGCAGCGGUAUCGCAGCUCCGGAAUCUCUGCCCAGCCCUCCCGCGCAAUCAGCUCACGCAGGGCCGGCAGACGGAAGCAGCACAGAGGCAUCCUCAGUCUCACGGCACUCGAUCUUCGAGAACAUCCAAGAGAAUCUACCUGAGUCACCCCGGACCUCACACGAAGUCUCCGAUGCAGAUGACGAACGGCGGCGUAUUCCUACAGCCCUCCAGCGCUCUGCCUCCGAAAGGAAAAAGCCGCCACCACCCAGUUCACGGCAUGGGAAACUCAUAAACGUACAACUAAGAGAUGACGCGCGGCCUCAUUCUCUCUAUGUAACAUCUACAUCUGCCCCGUCACCACUAUCAUCCACAAUCCCUACGCUAACCGCCGCGCAACGGUCGGCCACCGACCUCAACAAGCCCCUUCCCCCCAACCCCUCCCGCGCAAGCCACGAGUCAGAUCGUGAAUCCAUCUUUGACCGCGAAUCCGUCGGGAAGGCGCCAGAGCCGCCUUCUCCAUCCAACUCACUACGCCGUAAAACCGCACCUGCACCUCCCUCGGCACGCCGCCAUGGAGUCCCCGUCGCCGACCCAAACUCCCCGCAUCUGCCUCCCAAGCGGCUCACUAACAUGGGCGACGAUAGCCGCAACAGUUCAAUACAGGAUCUAUCAUCAUUACACCCCUCCACCAACCAACAAGCAACCAUUAAAGCCCCUCCACCUCCGCCGCUCCGCCGCCCAGGCUCCAUCAGAAACUCUGUUAUCUCCCCAACCGUAACAAUGUCCGACCUCGAAAACGCCCCUUCAAUACCCCGCGCUCCAUCCACCCCCUCUAAACGCCUCUCCGUCGUCCCCCCUCCCCCUCCUCGGCCCCGCGGUGCAAGCGGGGCAAGCAUCGACGCCAACCCCUCCAACCCUGCCGCGUCGACCACCGAACGGCCAGACAUCCUCGCUGACCUCAGCGCUCUUCAGAAGGAGAUCGACGCCCUUCGCGGACGUGCGGCUUGAGCAUCUCUAGAGCUUCGGAUGCCGAAAGGCGCUCGGAGGGACGGAAUCGCAUUAGACCCUUGAUUAUUGGGAGGAGAGGCUUCAGUUCUUCGUCGAGGACUCUUUUCUCAAAUCUUUGUUCAAGCUUUGAUUGAUUUGGGCCAUUGUUGCCUGUUAGCAGUGAUCUCGGCGUUAGCUGUUGUUCUAACUGGACUCUUUGGAGUGGCGUAUGGAUAUCUUCUUCUCUAUAGUUUUAGAUCAAAACAAUAAAAAGGCGCUUACAUUCCAGGG